AUGAUAGUACACACGAUGAGCGCGUUAUACGUUUUUAUCUUCAUUUUCCUUUGGAUAUCAUUGUCAGGUGCAAUUUCUAAUGUGGAACAUAUAAAGAACAAAUGUAAAGGACGAUGCGGCUCGAAUUUGAUACCGUCCAGUGAAGGAAGCCUGCUCUUCUGUGAUGAAGAUUGUGGAAGAAAACUGUGCCAAGAUGGAUGUACCCGAUACCAAGAUGCACUAUCAUCAAACUGCCAGAUGGCUUGCACAAAACGAAUCCCUCAGGACCAGCCCAGUGCAAGUGAAGCAGAAACACGAACACAGAGGCAAUACUGUAUUCAAGGCUGCUUGAGGGCACUGGACUACUAUGGUGACAGUGUUGAAAGACAGUUGGGACCACUGCCAAAACCAACUCUCAAAAGAUCCAGCACAAAUUACUCCUCCAUUGUGCUACAGUGGACCAAUCGCAUGAUGGAGAAGGUAACAUACCUGGUCUACAGGAGAAUACUGGAUAUACCACAAGUGAACAGUGAUUGGCAGAUCCACAACUCAUCCAGAUUUGAGGGGAACUCUAUAUACAUCUCCAACCUACACCCCUAUGUCACAUAUAAAUUCAAAGUUUUGGUUGUGAUCAGUCCGCAGACUGAGUAUUUCAUAAUGUCACCAGAGUCAUUUCCCAUCACGACUUUAUCCCAUGGAGUACCAGCAAGUGCCCCAAAGAUCAGGAGUUUGUCUGCACCAUCCCCCUCAGUGCUCUCUAUUGCCUGGGACCGUCCUGCUUACACUAAUGGCGACAUCGUAGCCUACAAGAUCACCAUUGACCCAGUAGGCCACCCAAGUCUGCGGCGAAUGACGAAGGACAUCCUCGGUGAUGUACGGUCAUGGACAGUAGGACAACUCCAGCCUUCACAACAAUAUGUUGUCACCGUUGCUGCUUCCAACAGAGUGGGAGAAGGCCCAGCGGACGUCGGACAGAUUCGAACUCCUAACCCCGGUAACUUAUCAGCCAAUGAGACACCGUUCCUCAUCCUGGGCUCAGCCAAUCGGGUGCUGAAGCAGAACCUAAUUAAUAUAAUGAGUCUAGCUGACACCAUCCUGGAGGAAGACAACAAGAGCAAUAUCAUAACAGGUGUUGGGAUCCACAUUCGCAGGCAACUUUUCAUUGUGAGUGACGGCAAUGAGACUGUACAGCAAGUCUCCCUAUCAGCGGACACCAUGAGGAAAAACAUGUUCCCAAGCAUCCUAAAGCCAACAGUCAUCAGUGUUGACUGGCUCAAUGAUCGGGUCUAUAUUGUCAGUAGAAAUCGGAUAUUUGGGUGUCCGCUUGCCCGAGAUGAAUGUAUUGUGGUUGUUGACAGUCUGCCAGUGCCCCCUGGUGAUUUGAAGGUGGAUCCUGUGAAUGGAUUUCUCUAUUUCACCCAAGACGGAGAAGGCAAAGGUUUAUAUCGUAUUGAUCUUGCGGACAUAAGUCAGAAGCAACGUGUGCAGCCAACCCAAAUUGUUACUAUCAACCAUCUGAAAGCUUUCAUGAUUGACUUUGAGACAGUACGUCUCUAUUUCCCCAACCACACACAGAACACCAUGCUUUCCUCCUUUGUAGAUGGGUCUGAUAUUCAGGAUAUUCGACCUGAUGUCAUUCUGCCAAGCUACAAACACAUCAUUAGUCUCACUGGCUAUGAUAAUCGCUUCUAUUGGACCAAUGGCUCUGAAAUGUUAAGUGAAGAAUUUGAUCCAAGAUUUGAGAAGUAUCGACAUAAUGAGCUGCUGUUCUUCGAUAAGUACUACCGAGGAUUGAACAUGUACCACCCCAGAAUGCAGCCAACACCAGUUCCACACGCAGCACCUAUGAACCUCCAAGCAUUGUUUGAACCAACGGAAGUACACAUAAAAUGGGAGCCCCCUCCAUUACUGCAAUACCAAGGCCGGGGAGCUUGGAACCAGUGGGACUAUGAGUUGUCGUUGUUCGAUGUGGAGGACAGGGAGAACACAGAACAGUCCAUCAACGCAACAGGGAACACGGUCAUGGUGCAACAGCUCCAGCCAGACACUCGCUACAACAUCCGGGUACGAGCUGUUUCUGAGUCAGGACUUGGACCCUGGUCGGACAUUUUCAUUGGAAGGACUCUUAAAGCAGAAAAGAUACCUGUUCGUGUUUUAAUGAGUAUACCCGGAAGGAUAAUUGAGACCGAUCUAUCUGACAACACCAAUCACACAUUGGUCAACACCAGCUCCGCAAGAGAUAUAGCCUGGCAUAACAAUAUGCUUAUGUGGAUAUCCAAAGAUGGUGGGUAUGUCCACAUCCUGGACCACACAAAGCAGAUACGGACAAACAUGGCUCAGAACAGUGAAGCUUCCUGUCUUGAGUAUGACUGGCUUGGGAAGAAGAUAUUCUGGUCGGAGUUUCAACCAGCUGUGAUCAAGAGAUCAGAUAUCAACAGUCUGUCCAGUGACUUCAUAUACCAGGCAACUGCUCGGGACAUGGCUAUUGACUCCACUGCUGGACGACUCUACUGGGCCACAGCCAACACCAUCGAGUCCACCUUCCUGAAUGGUGAGGAUCACAUUGUGAUAGACUCGGUGCCAUUCUUCCAGGGUAAACAAAUCAUCAGCCUUGUCGUCAACCUGGACUUAAAGAAGGUCCUGUGGUACAUCAAGGCCUUCGAGAACCAGGACCUGUACAUGGCGGACCUCAUCAGUGCCGAGGGAUCAUUUGCCAUGGACGUCCGGACCAGUGUGAGGGAAAUGGGAGACUUCAAGAGCAUCUCAACAUAUUCAGGGAUCCAGUACUACUCACACCAUCUGUUCUGGAUGGACCAGUCAAAUGCUUUGGUUGUGGGAGACAUGGACUGCAAGUACACCUCCAUCGUCAGCCCCAACUUCUCCAACAUCACAGCAUUUUCUGUGAAACACCCCAGCAUACACAGCUUUCCUGCUGGCUUGGAUGCCUCCUCUCUGCGUGUCAUUCCCAAACCAUUAUGGGCGACCUCCAUCAAGGUGGCCGGGCCGUCAUACAACUUCAACCUCACCUGGGACCAGGCCCAUGAUGUCACGUACGGGAAGGUCUUCUACAAGGUCUACAUACAGAUUGCUCACAGAUCCACACAUGUUAUAACAUCCAAGACAUGGCACCCUAUAGAAGGGUUGUCCCCGUACACCCAGAUGACAGUGUCCAUACAGCCCUACACUUACUGGGGGUACACCGAGGCCUCCACUGUGUCCAUCCGCUCUCCCAUGGCAGUUCCCACUGCACCGCUGACGCCAAGGGUGUACAUCACCCAACCCAACAAGAAUGCCUCCAUCUCGAAACUGAUGCUGGCUGCAGACUUCCGCUGGUCCAACCCCUAUGCCAUACGUGGUGUGCUGAGCCACCAUUUUGUGUAUUACUGGGAAGGGGACAAUGCAGGGAAAACAGUGGCUCAGGUUGAUGGAGCGUUGAGACACUUUAUUCUCAACAACCUUCUGGACAACAAGAGUUACUUCUUCCAGGUGAAAGCUUGCACAGAAGCCGGAUGUGGUGACCUCUCUGAAGUUGUGUCUGCUGUCACUGACGUGGUGAAUCCUGUUCCUCGCCUGCUGAUUGCGACCAAGUCGUCAGUCUCUGUGUCAGAAAUGGACGGUCAUCUCAACUCCACAGUCCUGCUGCCAGAAAUCUCCCCCACAGCCAUGACGUUUCUGGCUCAAGAUGUCCGCAUGUUCUGGAUCGAAAAGAAGACAUCUCUCUAUGUGUCCCAGAAUUCCACAAACUCUGCACUCAUCAAGCUGGAUGGGGUGGGAAAGGACAUGAGCAUUGACUGGAUCAGUCGAACUCUGUAUGUAGUGGAGGAGAUGGGCGACCUGAACAGGAUCAUGGCGUUUGACAUUGACAAGAGGAUGUACCGCGAGAUAAUGAACAGAUCUGUCUCUGUUGGCAGUGUUCUAUCAGACCCUUACACAAGCUCCCUCUUCUGGACGGAGAAUGAUUCUUCCAAUCAAGGACACAUUUUCCACAAACAUUUCAACAGCAAUACCAUAUCGGACCUUCUUGGUGGUGAAAGACGUUCUCGGAGGUCUACAGACAACUGCACAUGCCAGGAUGGACUCAGCGUCUCGCCUGUUGUUGCUAUGGACUACUCAAGCAGUGGGAGGACGGAGAUAGUCUUCAUCGAUAUGCCAACAUAUAGCAUCAUGGCUACCGAUGUGUCUGGAUGUCAGUGUCGGGUCGUCUUCAGAGCAGCGGCCUCAGACACAAAGGGUCUGCCCCCGAGCCUGCUGGCUGUGGACCACCUCCGAGUGUACUGGUACAACAAGCAGACCAGAAAGCUGUACAGUGUCAAUAAGAACACGGGACGGGACUUCAUCCAGCAGAGCAUCCCUGAUGUCCAGGACAUUGUGGCUUAUGGAGACCAUUUGCAACCCUUGCCAGACUCGGACUGCCUUGACCCUGGUAAGUACAGUGGUAAGGUGACGCUGACAGAGGUGACGGACAAGUCCAUCGGCCUGAGUCUGGACACAGUGUCUCGUCCCAAGCACUGUCACGGCAUCAGCACCCCUCAGGACAAGUACACUGCGUGGUACAAGCAGCUGAAGGACAGGAGCCGCACCCCACACACAGACUGCAGCACUGAGAGUGAAUCCUGCCAGAAAGUGGAGUCGUAUGACCGUUUUGUGAACAUCACGGGCCUGGAGCCAUACACCAAGUACCUGUUCCAAGUGACCAUCAGUAACUACUACACAGAGUACCUGGCAGAGACCGCGGGGAAGGAGGUCGUGCAGAGGACUAAACAAGGAGUACCAUCACCUGCACAGAAUGCCACUGCUUUCAUUGUAAAUCCAAGAAUAAUCCGUAUUGAAUGGAACCCACCUUUGAAACUUAAUGGACCUCUACAAAAUAUAUCCUAUGUAGUGAAGUGGUCGACCUUGAAUGCCAAAGGUCACAACUUGGAAGGUCAGACCGGCCCCUCUGAUGUCGGCAUAUCUGACUCACUGACCACCAGCUACCAGACCACUGUGACAGACCUGUCGCCAAGUCAUACCUACACCUUCACAGUGAGGGCGUAUGGGGCUGACAAUUUGCUGUACAGCGAGACCAAGCCAUUGACAGUGACAACCUACAUGGACCCGUUCCCCAUCACUCUGAAGCAGUCCUACCCCAAUGCUCUGGAAAUAGAGUGGCAGAGUCCACCUGACAACAGCGUUGCCCGCCACACCUUCUGGUAUUCCACGAGUAAGGGUACUGAAGGACGGACUACUCCAAUGAUCACUACAAAGAACAGCACGAAGUACACAGAGCUGAUACCUCACCUGGACACAGACACCCAGUACACCUUCCGGAUCAGGACCAUGUACAAAACCCCACCCUUUAAGUUCUACUCCUGGCCAGGAAAUAACUCACUCACAUUUAAGACACUCACUGAUGUCCCAGACCAGCCAGAUCCCCCAGUAGAGCAGGAGUACAAGACACAAGUGUUUGAGAUCCUGUGGGAUGAACCACAUGACAAUGGAGAGCCGAUCUCUAACUACAUUCUGGAAUACAGUCAAAUUGCUGAUGGUGAGUGGACCCAGGUGUACAAUGGUUCCGAUGCGAGGUGGGUCGUGGAUGAACAUGUUCUGGAACCAGGGCAGAGGUAUCUCUUCCGUGUAGCAGCAGAAAACAAAAACGGCUUGGGCCCCUUCAGUGACAACAGUUCAGCCUUUGCCACGCCUAUUGUGAUUAUGGACAACAGCUUGAACGGAGAGACGACUCGCAUUGUGAUUGCUGUUGUCACUUCAUUUGUGUUUGUGGUGGCCAUCAUCAUCAUCACCGCUCUCUGCUUCUUCAUGAGACGGAGGAAGGAGGAGCGGAAGAAGACGAGGCAGUUCAUCAGCAUGUACCGAGUCCCCGACAUGGAGCUGGCUACACUCAGGGAGCUGCCCCACACCACUGUCCAGCAGAGCAACACACUCUACGCUAUCAACAUCACGCCAACAGCGGAGGAUAUAGAAGCACUGCCACACUUCAUGCGAGAUCAGUUGACUCUAACAAAAUUCCUUGGUAGUGGAGCAUUUGGAGAAGUGUUCAUGGGUGUGGCUCGAGACAUUCUCAGUGACUCCUCGGGCGAUACUAAAGUUGCUGUAAAGACUCUGCGCAAGUCAGCAUCAGAGCAUGAGAAGGAGGAGUUCUUGAAGGAGGCACUGUUGAUGAGCAACUUCCGCCACGCCCACAUCCUCGGCCUCCUGGGGGUGUGUCUUGACAAUGACCCUCAGUUCAUCAUCAUGGAGUUGAUGGAAGGGGGGGACUUGCUGUCCUUCCUCAGAGGCUGUCGUGCUACAACUGCAUCCCCUGCCAAGCUGCUGCUGCCGCAUCUGGUCAAGGUGUGCGUCCAUGUGGCUAGAGGAUGUAAAUACCUCGAAGAAAUGCAUUUCGUUCACAGAGAUCUAGCAGCCAGGAAUUGUCUAGUUUCUAAAAAGGACCCUUCAGAAAUGGUCAUUAAGAUUGGUGACUUUGGCCUUGCUCGAGACAUAUACAAGAAUGACUACUAUCGUAAGGAAGGUGAGGGGCUACUUCCUGUCCGGUGGAUGUCCCCCGAGUCCCUGGUAGAUGGCGUCUUCACCACUCCAUCUGAUAUAUGGGCAUUCGGUGUAUUGAUGUGGGAGGUUGUGACAUUGGGACAACAGCCCUAUCCUGCACGCACCAACAUCGAGGUGCUGCACUUCGUCAGGGCAGGUGGCAAGCUGGAACGUCCAGAAAAGUGUGCCGAUGAAAUGUUUGGGUUAAUGCAGAAGUGUUGGAGUUUCUCCGCUGAAGACCGUCCGUCCUUCUCGUACAUCCUGCAGGGUCUGGAGGAGUUCCAGGAGCAGUGCAACAACAUGUCGGACGAGGAGAUCGCCCUCCGCUCACCCACACACCUUGAUGUCCUUCUGCCCCGAAGUGCACGGCCCCCUACCCCCUCACAAACUAUCUCUUAUUACGGACUUGCUAAUCUUGCCUUCGAUGAUGAGGUAAUGGCCAGUUGCUCGUCGACGGAGUCCGAAGAGGUCGAGGAUCACGACACAACGUGCAUCCAUCAAAGUUCACAAAUCAAGAGGAGAGGGGGUGGGUCCCUGCCUCUGAGUCCAACAAGCAGGAGAAACCAGCGCAUGACCUUAUUAGGUGGAGCUGAGGCUACAGACAAGUUGACUGUAGACCUGUCGACAGCCAACCCAAUGAAGCGCACAUCAUCCCUUGAUUCCAAAUGUUCGUCUGUUGAUGACCCACGUGUGUCUUACUCUCAGAUCCAGCGGCAACGAGCUUCCGAGAUCGAUGCUUUGGGCUACCUCCAACCCCGUUCCAAAGACAUGCCGAAAUAUCUGGAACUCAUUAACUGUGCACCAGAGUUUGGCAUCCUUCAGCCAAUCCCUAUACGACCUUCACCUCAGUCUCAAACUCCCAGCAUUCCUAGCAGCUCUUCCAGCCCCACGACACCUACAGUUAAUUACACAAUGAUGAAUGGCAAUUACCUUAUUCCUUCACCACCGUAUGGAGAUUCCCCUCCACCUCCCUUCACUAAAGACAACAACAUGAACCUACCACCCAAUCGAACACCCCCUCCGAUGUAUGGCAGCCCCCUUCCAAAUUAUGGGGUCGUGUCAGUUAUGAGAAACAUGGACAAGCCACCACCAUAUCAGUCCACAAAAGAGGUCUCCCUCAAAUUGCAGGAGACUGCAGCUCAGAAUGGACGGAAGUGUAAGGUGGAUCCCAACCAUUCAGAGAGAGAUCUAUACUCAAGCCCCACAUAUGAGAGGCACUUAUCAGACUCUUCCUCCAACUCAGAGUCAGGGUAUUACUGUGUGGAGUGUUUGAACAAUAGCCGCCCCUCAGCAUUCCGGAACGAGAAGUCAGUGCCAACAUACUCCCGUGUCAAUGAGUCUGGUUUCAAUAGUCCCCCACCCAACUACACCUUCUGGGCGAACAACAACACGGAGAGAAACUAUUCGGGGAACAUUCCCACUCACAAAGACAUCUAUGGGUGCCCACCGGAAUACAUUAAUGUCCAUGGGCAAGGGAGGACCUCUCGGAAUCAGGUUUUCCCUGAACACGGGGCUGUGUUAGCUGGAUUUGACAUUGCUCAAGCCAGUCUUGUCUAGCUGUGUGUUGUGAUGAGCUGACAGUAUUGGCUUUAACAGAUCAUGUUGUGGUGAAAUGAUACUAUUGUGCAAUGGUAAUAUAAGCAUUUAUACAGCUGGAUUAGGAGAUAUGGUAACAGUGUGACACAUGAACAUGCCAGUUUAUAACAACCAUAAUGCAAGUGUGCAAUAACAUAUUCAUAGUCUCCACCGGUUGAAUAUUCACAUGAUGAGUUUCAUAAUAGACGUGUGUCAAACAUGUAUCUUUUAAACUGCCUGGCAGUUAUAGACUAUAAGGUACAACAAGAGCCAUCUUGUGCCCUGUUUGUUGUUUACAAGAAAUUCAGUUUUCAACUAUGAAAUAGUAGGCUGACUUUAUUGUGAAUCUAGAACAAAACGGCAAAUAUUACCCAAGUGUGCAGUCUGUUCCAAUUUGUGUUUAUGAACUAGAAGUGCAAUCCGACAUCCAUCAUGGCUGCCAUGUCAUGUUGUUUGUCGUGCCCAGUAAGCACAUCUUACAAGCUAUUACUGAUGUUGCUUGUUGACUUAUUUGCGUGUGUGUUGCUAGUUUAGUGGAGUGAGUGACAACGAUGGCGCUGCUGCUUGUUGAUGUCGUUGCUCCCAGCCCUGAAGAAGGCAGCUGUAAAGUAGCUCUGUGUUUCCGGCCGAUGGUUCCUGCAGUGCUCUGUGUUCCCCAGAUAUCACCUGAAAAUUGAAACCUUCCUGUCAUUUAAUCCUAAUUUACAGUGUUUGUCCAUAUAAUGAUUGUUUUGAAUACCCAACAAUAAGAAAUUGUGAGCUAUAAUGAGAAGAAGCUGAGGUUUAAAACUAUCGUUAUUCUCAAGCCAUCAACAAAAUGUGCAAAUGUACUUGUGUUUUUUCAAAUUAAGAAGAUGUGGCCACAUGUAGCACAAGUAUUCAUGCAGAACAAAACAAGCUGUCUGUCUGAACAAAUAUAUUAGAGUCUGUGCUUCAAAUAAAAUAUUUUUUGCCUGUGAAGGAAAUAUACCCUGAUUUAGGAAACUCACUGAGAUACUGAAGGGGUGUAUUUGAUCAUGUGUUACAGUGAGCCAAAUUCCAGGUUUGGCAAAGAAUAUGAGGAGGAUACAGUGAAGAAAUUGUUUGUCAUGUGAAAUAGGAGGAAUGUUGUACUGUUUCUAAACACUGUAUUUGUAUUUAUGCAGAAGCUGUGGAUGUUUGAAGAUUGUGUGUGUUUGUACAUGUGGCUUACGUAAGACAACUGGAUGUUGGUUAAUGUAAGGCAAAGAAUAGUGGACAAUUCAUGGAACAUUCAGCUCAAGCGCCAAGUGUUGGAGGAUUUUCAUUUUCUCUUCUACUCAACAUUUGCUAAGGACUAAUGAUUUUUGACUAAAGAUGACUAUUUUUGUCCUCAGCAAAUGUUGAGUAGUAUACAUGAUUCACAGAAAUGGUGCAGCUGACUUUGAAAACCGCAUUUCAAAUUCCACAGAUCCAUCAAAUAUUGUUAUCUCUGAGAUUACAUUAAAUUAAAUCUCUUCAACUUAAGAUUUCAGAUCUGAGCACUCAAGUCCUGCUCAAACGAAAUGAUAAUUUCAGUUCUGGGUGACAAAGUCUUGUUCAGAUUAUGCUCUGUAUAAUUCACUUUUAUGAGCUUGCUAGAAGCUUUGUCAGUAUUAAUGAUUGACUGUCAUUAUCACUGCAUUUAUGCAUCACCACUUCAAUUUUGAAAUAUUUGAAACAUGUCAAGUGUGUGUGUUUAUGGAAUUGUCAGAGCACAUUCUAGCAGACCUGCGGUAAGCUUGCUCCAGGAGAAGCCUUGGCACCGAGUUCCAGCUUUGAUGACAAGAGUAUGUGUGGGCUUGAUAUUCAGAAUGAGGAGAGUUAAUGGAUGUGGACAAACUCAGGUAUGGGUGAAGAUGCUUGAUUGUACACUGUGUGAUGUUGACCAAAGGUGUACAUAAUGGACCUUUUCUAAUUAGGAGAGGGGUUAUUCUGAUUUGAAACCCCUGAUUGACCAAACAAAAUCUUUUUUUGAAUGCCUAUUUACCUACUUGUAGGCCAAGUUUGAGACUGACAAUUUUAAGCCAUCAAGUUGUACUAUGGUAACAGUGUACACCAAGAGGGACCAUAUCAUAAGUAAGGUACAGUAUUCUGGCACUAUGGAUGUAACACUAUGAAUGCUUAACUUCUUAUUUACUGACAAGAUAUCAGUAUUUCAACUUGUUAUCUUCAUGUACGAGCCAUCUUGCCCCUUUGUAUGUUUACAUCAGAUGAUACCACUUUUCAUGCAAAUUCUCUUGAUGGGGGAACUCUCCUGAACCAACCGUGUAAAUACUGUUCUGAUGACUUAUUCAGACAGAGCUUAUAAGGCAGAAAUACAGCGACUUACUGGCUAAUCUCUACUUAUGAAGGCAGAAAUGUGCACCCUAAUACUUAUGCUUUUAAGGUAAUGAUUACGAGAAUCAACAGGUAUCUAAAGCCGAGGAUAUUUCCAAAUUUGAAACACUAGUGACAAAGAUGAUGUCCAAUUCCUAAGUAUUAAUUCCUUGACUUGUACCAUAAGUUCCUGUGUUUUUUUCAAGUAAACAAUUGCCUUUCUUUAUGUGUUUGUAUGAGUGACACAUGUGGGGCAGGAUACGCCCACCUUUUCGCAAACACCUGGAACCAUCACUGUUUGAUAGUGAGUCAUAAACACAUGCUCAUGAUACAGUCAGAAGCGGUCAGUGGCUUUUGGUAGAGAUUGCUUGUGAUUAUGGAAAGGGUUUUGUUGCAUAAAUUACCAUAAGGGGCCUACCAUAUUCAUGGAUGGAUGGGAAGUAGUCCUCAUGCAUUUCUGCCUCUUCUCCAGAUGUGCCCAAUCAUUUGAGCAGAAACCUUGUCUAGGUGUUCCUGACCUUGUAGGUCCAGGGUUAAGGCUUGUUCAACAGAAUAUCAAGUUCAAUAUGGCUUCCAGGAGGCCAUCUUUGAUUUUCCUCAUCUGCUCAGAAAACACUUAGUUAAACUAUCAGUGUAUGUAUGCCAGGGAAAACUAAAUAUGUAAGUUCUUGCUUUAAGAUGAACAUAUCUUGAUUUGAAAACCACUGGUGUUACUGUUAUUUGAGAUUGGUGUUGGAGUUAAGUCUAUCAUAAUAAUAGUGAAAAAAGGUGAAAAUAGGCCAAGGUUUUAAAAGUAUUAAAGUAGCAGUGCAUGCACAUAUCAAUAACAAUGGAAUGAAAUUUACAGAAAACUGUUCUUUGUUAAUGAUUGGGGAUUCUGAUUAUUUUAGAACAAACAAGAAUUAAAACAGUGUCUUAUAUUGUAUGUUUUAUGUUAAUUAUAUCUGGACAAAAAUAUAUCUAAUUCUGUUUUAGUUUGAAAGAGAAAAAAGUCAUGUCCUUUCUCGUCGGUAAUACCAAGUGUUUGUUUUGAAAAACAAUGAUUGUUGACAUGGUUUAUUGUUAAAAGGUGAGAGGGGUAGUGGCUUGCUGACCUAGUAUCAACUUUAGGAAUUUUCACUUGGUCCUCUUUAACCACAAUUUCUAUUUUGUUUUAUUUGCAGCACAACAGUCAGACAUGCUUAUCCUUGUAAAUAGAUUUACCAUAUAAAUUUGUUUCAUUAUGAAAAUCAUUCAAUUAAGAGGAACCCACAGUACGACAAUAAUCACUAUGCAUUGCUCACAAAAUUCCAUUCCUUCAAUCAAGGGCAUUUUUAUUGAGUAUAACAUCAUAAAUAGUAUAUUCUAUGAAGAGAUCUUCAUUUUAUUGUACCGGUAGUUUAAGGCCAUCAUCAUUAAACCAUUACCUCGAGCAAACACAGAUAUUCACAAGGGAUUGCUCACAUGUUUUACACAACCUCCAAGGGAGAAACUAUAUCUCAGUGCAGGUCUCACAAAGUUUCGUUUAUCAUUGUAUAAUAUAAAUGUAUGUAAAACAGUAGGAAACUGCUCCAAAUUGAGUGAGGAUGGUUUUCAACGCUUUUAACAAUAUUCCAGCAAUAUCACAGUGGGGGAGACCAGAAAUGGGCUUCACACAAACUGCUCCAAAAACUGUUAGGGCUCCCACACAUUUCAAGUGGCCAAUGCACUUGAUGUUAUCUUUUUAUGUUCAAGUAUUCCACUGGUUCUACUCCAGGAGGUAUAUCCCCCUUAAGGGGUAGUCGGACUAAUUACAUCACUUCAGCAGGCUGAAAUCCUCAUUCAGCCACAAGUUGUUAUAUUUGUACAUUGUAUUACUGAUGGUUUCAUGUGUAUGACAUUGUUUGGCCUUGUACAUUGCAUAAUACUACUUACAGUGGAAUUGAGCGAAUCCAGUUGAGAGCUUUGUUGCCUGAAAUAGCUUACUUGAUCUUGACAAUGUAGUGGAAGAUUUUUCAGUAAUGUUAAUGGCAUAAUUGGUGCAAUGAAUGCGGUAUUGAAUCUAUAUCGGAAUUAGAUGUGUGGUUUAUCAUUGAUGAUAUUUCAUAUUUUCUAAUGAACAGAAAGAAAAUACAUUGUCUCAUUUUAUGCAAGUUUCAAAAUUAUUACUGUAAUAACAUUUCUUUUAUUAUGUUAAAACAUUAUUUUUUAGUGAAAUUUCCCAUCACUGGUCAAGUGUUCAUCAAAUACCCAUUUACUAACAUAUUGAACCUUUUAAUUUUUACGAGAUUGUUUAUGUUUCACUGUAACAACAUUUGAGUUCAAAAUAUGUCCUUUAGUGCAACUAAGCACUUAUUACUUCAUUACCUGUAAUGCCUGUUUAAGCUACCGAGAAGUGUAGCAUUUAAACUCUGGGGAUUUUUUAAGGUGAAACAGUGAAGUCUUUGUGACUGUGUCAUACCACAUGAGGUCUAUGUGACUGUGUCAUACCACAUGAGGUCUAUGUGACUGUGUCAUACCACAUGAGGUCUAUGUGACUGUCAUACCACAUGAGGUCUAUGUGACUGUGUCAUACCACAUGAGGUCUAUGUGACUGUGUCAUACCACAUGAGGUCUAUGUGACUGUCAUACCACAUGAGGUCUAUGUGACUGUGUCAUACCACAUGAGGUCUAUGUGACUGUGUCAUACCACAUGAGGUCUAUGUGACUGUGUCAUACCACAUGAGGUCUAUGUGACUGUGUCAUACCACAUGAGGUCUAUGUGACUGUGUCAUACCACAUGAGGUCUAUGUGACUGUCAUACCACAUGAGGUCUAUGUGACUGUGUCAUACCACAUGAGGUCUAUGUGACUGUCAUACCACAUGAAGUCCUUUAGACUGUGUCAUGCCGCAGACUGACCACACAGUCAGUACACACCUUACUGUCAGUCCAGUGCUUGAUAAUAACAUAUGGACAUUUAGAAUUACAUCCAAUGUUUACUAUUUCAGUAUUCAUUAGGAAUUCAAUAAGUGGGAAUAUUCAUAUAAAAUCCAUUAUUUUGUCGUCAAGUUUUCAUCCUGUUUCAGAUGGCUGAUGUUUAAAAUAUGACCAGACAAGUUUCUUGUAAUACUGAUUUCCACAGUCAAAAUGAAUCCUAACGCACAUUGGAAAAGAAUAGUUGAUUUUUCAACAACAGUUUAAUCAGAAAUGGAAACAGAGACUUUGUUUAAAUGACCGAUAUUUUCAUUAUGUUGGCGAUUUAUGAAUCAUGAACAUACACUGCCAGGCCUAGAUAUUAGAUAUCACCAGAUAUAUUUCAAAUAAUGUAUGUCUUUUGAAUUUCAUUUAAUAUGCUCAAAAGAAACACUGAUUUUAUUCCUAAUUUCAUCAUUUAGAUGACUCAUUUCAGAGUUUUAAGAAAAGACUUGUGUAGGACAGUUGUCAUGCUGAACAAGAUGAUCAGUUUUCUUGUGAUAGCAAUAUGUACAGAGAUUGAGCAGAUAUUUUUGUGAUGAAUAUGUAAAUAAUACAAGUACCUAGUCAUAGAAUUGGCUUCUAUGUCCAGAAUAGCUUUUAAACCAAUGUGAUAUUACAAAUUAGUCUUGCACCAAGUUGAUUCCGAAUUUGUUAUAACAGGGAAGGUUGGCUGUCCGACUGAACAGAAGGGUACGAUAUCGGAUUUCAUGGCACCUGUUACUUAGCUUUGUCUUCUAAAGUUUCUAUUUUUUGUUGAUAGAAAAGGGUUAAUAAGUCAAUAUUUCAGAACAGGUAUACCAUCAUAUAAAUACUGGUUCAGAAUGUUGUUGAUGUUGCCAAAUAAAAAAUGUUCUUGAAACAUGUGAAAAUGUUUUAUGAAAAUAUGUAUUUCAAAAUAUAAUUUUCAUGAUUGCUGUAUACUGAUGGAAGGAACAAAGGGAACACCUGUACCAGCAGGUGCUUGUUCACAACUGGGUUGUAAUGCUUCAUCAUAUCAACGAGUCAUUGCAUGUACUAUAGCAUCUCAUGCAUUCUCUGCUUUUCUUCACUGGAAAUGAGUUAAAUGUGUUGCUAUAGUUACUGUACACAUAUGACUGAUAUUAUGAGCUGAAUUGGAAAACUUUUAAAAAUAACAAAUAAUAUUUGUAAGAAACAUUUCCCUUUUUAGAUGUUCACUUAAUUCUUUCCAUCAGUAUAUUAGUGUUAUCCUGUCCAAAAUGUCCCCAUUUAACUGUUGGUUGAUUGCAUGAUGUAUUUGCCGUAAUAAGUGAUCUGGGCACUUAGGAAAUUGACAAAGGGGUGCUUAUUAAGAACAUACACAAGUUCAAUUUAUCAAGAUCAAGCAGUAGAUAAUAGAUGUAUUUUAAAAUGAUUAACGAAACUAAAACCUUUUCAAUAUCAGUUACUGGGCAAUUCUAAACCCUUUCUUCCCUUCUGCAUUAUCUGUAAAUAAUAUGUAAUAUAUGUAAGAAAAUACAGACUGUCAUGUAAAUUUUCAGGCUUAGUAUGGAGCGCUUGUAAAGAUCACUUACAGAUUGGUCGAGAAGUUGGUCAGGUGGGGCUUAUUUGAGCUUUUCACUUAAUACGACAAAUACAGCAUCACGUUUAUUCAAUAGACUCUGUAGUAAAUACUCUUACAGUUUGGACUUGGAAUUACUCUGACGGUAUCCAAUGUAUUUUACCUGUGAUCUGAAACCUCUCCAGUUGCUGUCUCCCUUGUCAUCUCAUGUUCAAGGAUGGGACAUAUUGCUUCUCCAGUCUUAAGAGUGUUCAUUGUUAACUGGACAAAUAUGAAUUCAGAAAGUUGUUAAAGAUUGUUGUUAUUCCUAUUGUUACUAACAACUUUGCCGUUCCCUGUUGUUAAUGUUGUUGUUUGUAUAAAUGUAAAUCAUACUUUUUGUGAAUAUUUCAUUUUUACCCUGAAGUGUACAGAAUUCAAUUGGAAUGUGAAAUUUUUAAUCAGAAAAUAACUGUUUUAAGACAUUACACAAGAAUACAUUUAGUUGAAUAUUUUGCAUUUCUGGUGCGUAUGUACAAAUUCAAGAAUACAUACAUAGAACACUAUAAAUAAUGUUUUUAAAAUAUUUUACUGUGGAAAGAGUUGCUUCUUUUGAGGAGUUUGUUGUCUUAACUGUGUAUAUAUACCUCUGUGGUGCCAUCAUACUGGAGACAUGUCUCUGCUUCUAUUAGGCUUGUUGCUAUGGAAACUAGUAUCCUCAUGCUACACUGUACAUAAUCAUCAGUUUGACCUCAACAUCAUUGUAUUACCAUGGAAUAAAGCUUGAGUUGUAACUUUG